AUGGGUGAAAAGAGAGCUAUUACCCCCGAGGCCAGCUCGUCUUCGGACGAGAAGGCCGUCGCCCACCACGCCGAGGGUCACGGAAAGAACCACGCCGCUGCCACAGACGAGUAUGUUUUUUCCACAUUGCAUUGCACCAUGGAUAGAGCCAGCACCGUGCUAACCCAGCGUGACAGAUAUGGCAACGCCCUCAUCCACAUCGAUCCUGAGGCUGAGCGCAGGCUUCGGUGGAAGUUGGAUCUCAUGAUCGUUCCCACUGUUGCUUUGCUCUACCUUUUCUGCUUCAUUGACAGAGCAAACAUCGGCAACGCCAGGAUUGCUGGUCUCGAGAAGGAUCUCAACCUUACCGGCUACGACUACAACGGUCUCCUCUCCGUCUUCUACAUCUCCUACAUUGUUUUCGAGAUCCCAUCCAACAUCGGCUGCAAGUACUUUGGCCCCGGCUGGUUCAUCCCCACCAUCUCCCUCGGCUUCGGUGGUCUUUCCAUCGCCAUGGCUUUCGUCAACAACUUCGCCCAGGCCGCCGGUGUUCGCUUCCUUCUCGGUGCUUUCGAGGCUGGUAUGCUUCCCGGCAUCGCCUACUAUCUCUCGAGAUGGUACCGCCGUUCCGAGCUCACCUUCCGUCUCGGUCUCUACAUCGUCAUGGCUCCCAUGGCCGGUGCCUUCGGUGGUCUCCUCGCCUCCGGCAUCCUCCAGCUCGAGAGCUUUGGCAGCCUGACCUCUUGGCGCAUGAUUUUCGCCAUUGAGGGCGUCAUCACCUGCGUUCUUGCUGUCAUUUCCUACAUCACCCUCACUGACCGUCCCGAGACGGCUCGCUGGCUCACCCAGGCGGAGAAGGAUCUUGCCAUUCUCCGCAUCAAGUCUGAGCGCGUCGGCACCACCGAGGUCCUCGACAAGAUGGACGUCAAGAAGCUCAUGCGCGGCAUCCUCAACCCUGUGACGCUCAGCACCUCGUUCAUUUUCCUGCUCAACAACAUCACCGUCCAGGGCGUCAGCUUCUUCGCCCCCACCAUCGUCCGCUCCAUCUACCCCGGCAAGUCCACCGUCAUGACCCAGCUCCUGACUGUGCCCCCGUAUGUCGUCGGUGGAUUCUUCACUCUCCUUCUGCCCGCCAUCAGCUGGAAGAUGGACCGUCGCCAGAUCAUCAUCAUGUCUUGCACACCCCUCGUCAUUGUCGGCUUCAUCAUCUUCCUUGCCACCACCAACACCGAGGCCCGCUAUGCCGCCAUCUUCUUGCUCUCGUCGUCCAUCUUUGCGCUUGGCCCCAUGACCAACUCGCAGGUCAGCGCCAACGUUGUUUCGGACACGGCUCGCAGCAGCGCCAUCGGCAUGAACGUCAUGUGCGGAAACAUUGGUGGGUUGGUGAGCACUUGGUCUUUUCUGCCUACUGAUGGGCCGAACUAUCCUAUCGGUAACGGCCUGAACCUGGCGGCCAUUUCGACCAUCUUGAUUGUUGCUACUGCGGUGCUGUUCUGGAUGAAGAAGGAUAAUAAGAGGAGGGAGGCGUUGAGCGUGGAGGAGGAGCUGGCGGGGAUGAGCAGGGAGGAGGUGCAGGAUUUGGAUUGGAAGCACCCUGCUUUCCGGUGGAAGCCUUAG